AUGUCCGAUCGACAUGACGAUGACGAUUCACCCUUUUGGCCUCGUGGGAACUCGACCAAUGUUAAUAGUAGGAUCUUGCUCAUUGCUAUUAUAUCCUUAUCUUUUGUUGUGGUGGUCGUAACCAUGUUACAUGUAUACGCAAGGUACAUACUCCGCCGCCAAGCCCGCCAACGAGCCGCUUUUCGAGGUAUCGGAAUCGUGGCUCAUAUCCAGUCUGAAGAGCCACCUAAAAGAGGUCUUGAACCCACUGUUAUCUCUUCCCUCCCUAUACUCAUGUAUAAGGACAUCGAUCACAAACCGGACCAUUCAAGUGUGAGCCCUGAAUGCGCGGUUUGUUUAAGCACGUUCGAGGGUGGUCAGAUGAUUAGGGUUUUACCAAACUGUAAUCACCAUUUUCAUGCUGACUGCAUUGACAAAUGGUUAAGCUCAAGGUCCAGUUGUCCCAUUUGUCGUCAUGAGGUGGAGCCAGCUGCCUCCAUUAAUCCCUUACCUCGCGAGCCUAGUACUAGGCUAGGGCCAGCUUCUGCGCCACCUUUAGAACGUAUCGGUUCUGUAGUAAUUCCUGUUGAAGGGACAUCAGAUCAAAUGGUAUCGUCGUCGGAAAAAGUCAAUGGAACGAAUUCGAGAUUGAGUUCUUUUCGAAGGAUGCUUAGUAUGGACCGGUCUUCACGGCGUGCUAAUUCAUGUACACAAGGCGAAAAUGAAGAUCUCGAAAGACAGUAA